AUGCCGCCCAAUGUCACUUCAGAGUUGAUUCUCGACGAUAGUAAAGGUCCCAAAACUUUUCGUCGCGCCGACAUUGUGAAAUCCUUGGAUCAUGGCCAAAAUCAAACGGAUUACAGCGUGGAUGAGCCCUGGUACGUCGUAAUUGAUAACAAGGUGUAUGACGUCCGAGACUUUGCUCGUGACCACCCUGGUGGGGCCGUGAUCUUGACUCACGUAGGCAAGGAUGGCACCGAUGCGUUUAGCAACUUCCAUCCAGAAAGUGCUUACGAGAUACUAGCCAACUUUUAUGUUGGCGAUAUUGCAGCCCAUGAUAUGAUCACUACCAAGAAAGGAUUUACGACAGAACUGCGUGAUAUUAAACAGCAAUUCAAGGAGCUUGGUUAUUUUAAAUCUUCUAAAGCAUAUUACACGUUUAAGGUGCUAACUAACCUUAGCAUCUUGGCCAUAACGCUUUCCAUAUUGUUUCGCUACGGAGGAACACUCUCAGGGGUGCUUCUAUCAUCUUUUUUCAUGGGCGCCUUUUGGCAACAAUGCGGCUGGCUGUCACACGAUUUCCUGCACCAUCAGGUGUUUGAGCAGAGAAUAUGGAAUAACGUCAUGGGUCAUUUCCUUGGAGCAAUAUGCUUGGGGUUUUCUCCUAGUUGGUGGAAGGAUAAGCACAACACACAUCACGCUUCACCAAAUGUUCAUGGCCAAGAUCCUGAUAUUUCUACUCACCCUAUUCUCACCUGGUCUGAAUACGCUCUGUCAGAUCUAUUUGCUUCCGAUGAUGCUGCGACACCAACUAUAUAUUCGCCUGAAGUUUCCCGGUUUUUGGUCAAAUACCAGCCAUUAUUAUAUUUCCCAAUAUUGCAUUUUGCCCGCAUCUCAUGGUGCAUUCAAAGUCUCCUCUUUGUUCUGCCAGGUUGGAAGAAAAUAAAAGAAAACGACCCACGCAUGCCAGUAACUCCCGUAGAAUUUAUUGGAUUAGUUGUACAUCACGUCUGGUAUUUUGUUACAUUAUACCUAUUUGUACCAAAAACCUGGUUAGCGUUGACAUUCUAUUUCACGUCACAAGCAAUGGGCGGACUACUUAUUGCCCUAGUCUUCGCGUUGAAUCACAAUGGCAUGAAAAUUCUCACCAUGGAAGAAUCUCAUAAGAUGGACUUUUUCGCUCAACAAGUAGUGACUGGAAGAGAUGUCAUAGCUAGCAACCCGUCGUUUCAGUGGUGUAUUGAUUGGUUCUGCGGAGGUUUAAAUUAUCAGAUCGAGCAUCAUUUAUUCCCCACGAUGCCACGACAUCAUUUCCACAAAGUUCAGCCUAGUAUACAACUUCUUUGUGAAAAAUAUAACAUACCAUACCACAGAACGACCUUUAUCAAGGGCACGCAAGAAGUAUUGUAUAGGCUUGGACAAGUAUCUGAUGCAAGCUGGAAGCUUGCUUGA